GAAAUUAUUAAUGUGACCAAAAGAUUUGAGUUUGGUGGCAAUUGGUUCCGUUCCACGAUUGAGAGAUCAGCUGCUGCCAUCAAUUCAACGUAGAUUUUGGAGCUAGGGUUUCUAAUUUCCACUCAUUCCUCUUUCACUUCCGCCGGUGACCAACCUCCCGCGCCCGGGAGGGAUAACACCAUGGCUGUUGGCGAUGGAGCUGUGUCCGCUGCUCCCUAUACGACCUCUAUCGAUGGAAUCAAAGUCAACGUCAACAUUCGAUGCUCCAAUGGUUCCAAGUUUUCUGUUCUUGUUAACCUUGAUUCUACCGUUGGAUCCUUUAAAUCGAUUCUUGCCGAACAGAGCGAGGUUCCGCCCGAUCAGCAGCGCCUCAUUUACAAGGGUCGGAUUUUGAAAGACGAUCAAACCCUACAAAGCUACGGGUUAGAGGCAGAUCACACCGUUCAUUUGGUUCGUGGAUCGGCACCUGCUGCCCCGCCGACCAAUCCUGCUACUGCGCCCAAUGCUGGCGGUCCGAACACUUCUUCGAGUAACGCAAGAAGUGUUGGACCAAAUGAAGGUGGAGCUCUCGGGGCAGGACUUGGUUUGGAAGCUUCCCUAUUUCCUGAACUUGGUUUCGAUGGGCUUGGUGCCACUGGUGGCUUGUUUGGGGCUGGCCUUCCCGAUUUUGAACAGGUGCAGCAGCAGCUGACCCGCGAUCCAAACAUAAUGAGAGAAAUAAUGAACAUGCCUGCCAUACAAAACAUCAUGAAUAAUCCAGAUAUCAUGAGGAACUUGAUCAUGAACAAUCCUCAAAUGCGUGAGAUAAUGGAUCGUAAUCCUGAGCUCGCACACAUUCUCAAUGAUCCCAGUACUCUUCGGCAGACACUUGAAACUGCAAGAAAUCCCGAGCUUAUGCGGGAGAUGAUGCGGAAUACUGAUAGAGCAAUGAGCAACAUUGAGUCUUCCCCUGAAGGUUUUAAUAUGCUUAGGCGCAUGUAUGAAACUGUUCAAGAGCCAUUUCUAAACGCAACAACUAUGUCUGGAACUGCUGGAAAUGAUGGCUCAAACCCCUUCGCCGCACUUUUGGGGACGGGUGGGGGUGUGACCAAUAAUGCAACAUCCAAUUUAUCUACUACUACUAAUGAUACGACUAAUGGUUCUCCUUCUCCAAAUACAAACCCACUUCCAAACCCAUGGUCCCCUGCUAGCACAGCUGGCGGUACCCAAACUAACUCUACAAGGUCGAAUCCCACUCCAAAUGUUAGUGCUCAAGCUCCCACUGGUUUAGCUGGGCUUGGCCUUCCAAAUCUUGAGGGCAUGUUGGGUGCAACACCAGAUGCCACUGGUUUGAAUCAGUUGAUGCAAAACCCAGCUAUUUCACAGAUGAUGCAAAGUGUUAUGUCAAACCCUCAAUAUGUGAACCAGAUUCUUGGUCUCAACCCUCAAUUGCGCGGCUUGCUAGAUUCCAAUCCUCAGCUCAGAGAGAUGAUGCAGAAUCCUGAAUUUCUACGUCAGUUGACCUCCCCCGAGACAAUGCAGCAAAUGUUUACGUUGCAGCAACAACUUCUGUCACAGCUUGGUCGCCAGCCCACCCUAAACCAAGGUCAGACCGGUGGAAGCACAGGAGCUGCGAACAAUGCGGGGUUGGAGAUGUUGAUGAACAUGUUUGGUGGACUUGGUGCUGGUAGCCUAGCCAUGCCCAACCGAUCCGAUGUACCGCCGGAAGAACUGUAUUCUACACAGCUUACACAGCUACAAGAAAUGGGAUUCAUUGACAGACAGGAGAACAUACGAGCACUGAUUGCUACUGCAGGAAAUAUCCACGCUGCAGUUGAACGAUUACUGGGGAAUUCGGGGCAGUAGUCGAUUGAUCCCAUCAGUAUUGCUGAUGCCUUUGAUGUUGGCCCAUCAAAUGCUGUCAGAACAGCUGAGGUAAGUGACUUUGGAGGCGAAAUUCAAGUCGAUUGAGUCCAAAUUUUGGUACAGGAGCGGCAAAGUCGGGAAUACGAUCACUGAAUUAUAUAAGGUUUCUCUUUCACAGGAUGUUGGAGUUCCUGUAAUACAUAUUCUCGUACAUGAUAACGAGAUGUCAUAUGAUUGUGUGGAAAAUAUGUUUAUUUUAGAUAAUAUUUGUUGUUCUUUCUUAUAGUUCAUGAAAUUUGGUUGAUUCGAGUUGCUCUUUUGCU